AUGUCCCUUCUGGGCCACCGUAAGUUACAUACUGCUUGGUUAUUGAUUGAUUGUAUAUUUCCUGUUGUAACAAAGGAGGAUGUGAAAUAAGGAUGUGUGUACCAUUUAAACAACCUAAUGCUUGUUUGUGGAAAACCGUUUCCAUUUGCUUAAUUAUAAUUGCCUCAUUUCUUGCUCCGAUGCAGGACGUCAAACUUUCCGUGCAACAUUUAAACUGACACAGUACAACUGGUAACAUCGAAUGCUUUUCCGCAUUGGAAACAUCCUCUCUAGGUCUUGCACGUAACUCUCUAGGUAAGGUCGCAGUUCGUCCACCUAAGUCAUAAAUACUUAUCCAUUCUCAGAUUUUUUUUCCAUUCAGAUACAGUAAAACUUUAUUAAUGAGUUUUAGCCACCAUUACUCUGUUUUACAUUCGAUGACAUAGAACUCGCGCUAGUUUUUGGUGAUAACCCUAGCCAGUGGUUUGUGACUGAGUAAACUGAUGCGUUCAAAUACUCGUAACUGAACACUAGGUUCAUAUUAUUCUGACACUGCAGAGUAAAUUCGUUGUCUCGAGCGGGAACCUAACUCGCAUCUUCGGGUUUCUAGACCGGCGCUCUGCCCAUUGACCUGUCGAAUCAACGGGAAUUAGUACCGAGUCUUAACCAGUUUAAGUGUACGAAAUAUUUUCGCGUUGGCGCUAACCUAAAGUCUGUCGAACUGCAUGAUAAAAACAGGGUGUGGCAUGUUUUACUGGAACUUUUACUUGUUGUACUAUCUUAUUGAUUAAUAUUUCCGCAGGAUCCUGUAAUAUUCGCUGGUUCCGUUCGUGAUAAUUUAGAUCCAUUUUCUAACCAUACAGAUAUUGAACUCUGGAGUGCACUAGAACAGGUAUAAUUAUAGAAUAACGUUCUACUUGACCUUUUCUGGUAACAUGAAGAGAGAUUACUAGUUUAGAGAAGGUAUUUUAUAAAAUGUAUUUUUUAAAACUUGUUUUAAAAUUUCUUUCAUACGAAUCUAUGUAGGUCCAGCUGAAGGACGUUGUCAACAAUUUUCCUGAGAAAUUAGAAUUUCAGAUAACAGAAUCUGGUAAUAAUCUAAGUAUUGGACAACGUCAACUUAUCUGCUUAGCUCGAGCAAUAAUAAAACAUAACAGAAUAUUAAUUAUAUAUGAGGCAACGGCUAACGUUGAUCACAAGUAAGUUUGCAUCGUAUCUUGUGCUCAUUAUGUGGUUUGAAUCUUGUAAAUAUUUUGUUUUGACUUGCUCUGUUUUGUUUUAACUCUGUUCACUUUCCUUGCCUUUAUUAUGUGAAGUCAGUGCGAAAGUAGAUCACUUUCACCGCCAAAAAUCUUUGUGACAUGCACAAUCAAUUAAACUACACACACACACUACGUAUUUUGAUACCUGAUUAAUUUGUUAAUUUAGUUGUUGUAUGGUGGCUGAAUUGAUUUAAUGAUCAAUUGAUCAAGGGAUAUCGAUUGAUUGCUUCAUUGUGGAGAAAAUUUUUAAAAUUUGGAUCCCUGAAAUGGCAUUUGCAGCAUUCUGAGAGCGCAUUUUGUAAAAAAUUUCAGGCUUUCAAAACAUUAGUUUAAUUGUGCAUUUUGUUAUAAAUCAUAUGCUCUAAGCAUAAAAAACGACAUUUCAGAGAAAAUAUUCUGGAUGAUUAAACACAUUUGUGAUUGGAAUUGCAAGGUUGUUUAACUAUUUCUCGACAAGUCCCAAAGUCCCACGCAUUGUCAGCUUCUAGAAGCUGACGACUUUGUAUGUUCAUAUCUUUGUAUGUUCAUAUCUUUGUAUGUUCAUAUGCUAUGAAGACAAUAAUACCACCAUUCGAUUCAGUGAAACAAUAUCGACUAAUUCGUCACGAUAGCUUUAUCCUUUGCCAACAUUGUAGUGAUUUAUGGCCUUUGAAAUUCAAGCGAGAUCGUAUAUUAUCAAAUUACGCAAUUGUCUGAACCUAAUAAUAUAGACUAGCCAUACAUUUCGCCGAAUAUAAUUUCGGACGUAUAUUAUUUGUAAUAGUCGUGUUCAAAUCGCUAUCAAAAACACUAUUUAGAGUGUCAUUUUCGAGCCUGUAUCUUCAAACUUGCAUCUUUUAUCACAGUAUUUCCAUUUCUGGUCCGACUGUGAGCUAAUCCCAACCGGAAAUACAAUUUCAAAACGUCAAAACAAUGCGACGUCUGUAUCGUAUGACCCUGGAAAUGCCAGAAAUCGAUUCUAAAGGUAGAAGUGCAUCGUCCCGUCUACAGGAGCUCCUUAUUGACCACUUUUACAUUUUUCAAAAUGAAAUCUAGCUAAAAUUAUUGGGGGGGAGUGGAUCGCCCGGCCCUUGCCUCGCCCCCCCCCCCGCCUAGUUUCCGCCACUGGUCUUUUAGCCUUUUUGCUACGUAUUUGGAAAAUUUAUAUUUUAUAAUAAUAUUUUAUUGUUUUUAAAGUGUUUGCAUUACAUUUCUGUAAAUUGUUUUUUUGAAAGUUGAUGUGAUAUUAAAAUUAUGGUAUAAUUUCAAAAUGUUUCAUUUUCUUUACAGAACGGAUAAUUUAAUUCAGGAAACUAUUCGGGACAAAUUCAGAGAUUGUACCGUACUUACUAUUGCACAUCGACUAAAUACUAUAAUGGAUGCAGAUAGAAUAAUGGUAGGUUUUUACCUUAUCCCUCUCUUAAAAGGAAAUUUGUAGCUGUAACCCGGAUAAUAAUUAGGGCACCCUGUGCCAAAUGUGGCCCAUAAGGCCAUACGAGAGAAAACUGUUAAGAGAGCAUGGUUCUUUUCAUAUUUGAUGAAUAAAAGUGUUUUGUUUGUAUAAAAUCGUAAAUAGAAUCGUGUAUUUUCAUGGAAAUAAACCCAGGGUAACAUUUGGUGGCAGCGGUGGGAUAUAAUUACAAGUAAAUACGCGAUUUUGAUGGAAAAAUGAAGGAAAAACGAUAAGUUUUGUGUAUAUAAAUAUUCGUGAAAUAGUUCGUACUGUAUGAAUCUUGGAUAAUUUUUGUGAUUGUGCUGAAGUUUAAAUAUGGCAAUGGACUUGGAAGAGCUUCAGCUACUCAGCUAUUGAUUAGACUAGCAGUGUUUCUCAAAUUGGACGAGGUGAAAUAUCAAGGAAAAUCAAAACUUAGUAUUACUCGACUACUUCGAAGAGAAAAUGAGGAGCAAGUAGCCCAGAUUGAAGAUGAGAAUCAAUGCCGUGUAUUUCUCGAGAAAAUCCGAGGACAGUUGAUUGAGACUACUGAUAAAGAAGCCCCUCCAAAGGAGACUGGAAACAAGUAACUUGAAGUUUUAAAACAGCAACUAAACAACUUGGAAAAAGAUCAUCAAAAACAAGCCGAAGCCCUCCAAAGUAAGAUGGAAGAAAGUGAACUGAAAGCGACAGCGACAAGUGUAAGUAAACCAACCACAAAUGAUCUUAAAAGUGCACUACGUAGGGAAUUCAAGAUUAACGGUCAAAUAGGGGAACCCAGUCAAAAGGAUAAACUCACAUUUGUAAGCUUGGUCAGACAGAUCGAAAGUGCAUCGUCUAAGGGUUACUCAGAAACAGAAGUGAUUGAUGGUGUAAUAAGAGCAAUUAUUCCUAGUAUGCAGCUGCGAAGUUAUCUCGAGACAGUUAGUGACCUGACAUUGCCAAAAUUACGUGCUAUUUCAAGAUCACACUUUCAGGAGAAAAGUGCAACUGAACUUUACCAGCAAUUAACAACAAUUGUACAAUCACCUGAAGAGAGUCCACAGAGUUUCCUGAUAAGAGCUCUAGACCUACGUCAAAAGGUUUUAUUCGCCUCUAAAGAAUUAGGGGUAAAGAUCAAAUAUGAUGAAAGUCUUGUUCAAGGACUGUUUUUACACUCGCUCGAGACUGGACUUCAUCAUGAAGCUGUAAGAACAAAGUUACGACCAUUCUUACAACAACCAGAUAUAACGGAUGAAUUGCUAAUUGAACAAAUGAACAUAAUUGUAUCAACUGAAACAGAGAGACAAAAUAAAUUCAGUAAAGCAAGUCAGGCACGACAACGAAAAAUCGACAAUGUUCAAGCAGUUAAGUCCAGUUCAGCUGAUGUUGAAGAACCCAUUGAGCAAGAUCUUCUAAACCAAGUAGUAAAAGAAAAGAAAGGACCCAAGCAAGGUGAGCUAGUUUCUGCUCUAAAGACAGUAAAAGCAGAACUUGCUGAGCUUAGGGAAACUCUGACAAACCAACAAGCGAAAGCCAAGGAGCAAGAAACUGGGUAUAAGGAAAACCAAUCAGGACGUAGGGGAAGAUUAUGUACAAAGUGUCAGGAAGCCAAAGAACUAAACUGUGACCACUGUUUUCGAUGUGGUAGUUCAGACCACUUUGCUAGAGGAUGCAAGAAGAGACCGAAUUCGAAAAACGGAAGAUGGCUACUCAGAUAUAAACUUCGAAGAAUACAGAUCGGCCCAGAGACCAGAACCAGUCGUAGUACCUGAUGUAGAGAUUAAUGGAGACAUUCCUAACGAAGGUCCUGAUCUGGUGAAUGUCAAUGACCAAGGUGGAGAAGAAUUAAAUGGAGAAGGUCUUCCCCACAAUGAAAUCGGAAACGUAAAUGCACCAGUCCAAAACGAAAUGGCCGAGAAUGAAGACCAACCUUGGAAUGCCGAAAAUAUUGAGGACCCUUGGCCAGCAGAACUCCCACAACCGGUACGAUUCGGAUAUAAUCAACCGGGAAACUCAGCAUUAUUUUGUCAAGCUGUUAAUACGAAUCUGCAACCUUGGCAGAUGACCCCUUACCCACCUUGGAACCCAGGAUGGUUACCACAACCGCAAUUUUGGUCACCGAUGCAGUGCCCUUGGCAGAUGUUUCAUCCGCCGAUGUGCAACGCAUCAACGCCGUUUUACCGCAUUGGACCAGUAGGAAUGUGGUGACGUUGAACUUGGUAACUGUAAGUGAACUUAUUAUGCAAACAUUUUGAACUAAGUAACCUAAGCAAAACGCUACAAUCGUAGAAAGCUUGUGCGGAUACGUAAGAACUGAAGUUAUUAACUCGAAAGUUACAUUAGAAGUCUAGUUGAAUGCAUUGUACGGCGAAGAAAAUGCAUAGUUUGGAAAAUAUGUUAUAGUGUGAGUAGGCCUGAUCAACCUACUGACUAUGUAAAUGACAGUGAGUUAAUGUAACACUAGGAGCUUAAGCCUCUGAACAUUUUAGUUGUAAAUAAGCAUCAUGUGUGAUGAACUUUUAAAGUAGGGGAGAGUGUAACCCAGAUAAUAAUUAGGGCACCUGUGCCAAAUGUGGCCCAUAAGGCCAUACGAGAGAAAACUGUUAAGAGAGCAUGGCUCUUUUCAUAUUUGAUGAAUAAAAGUGUUUUGUUUGUAUAAAAUCGUAAAUAGAAUCGUGUAUUUUCAUGGAAAUAAACCCAGGGUAACAUAGCCAUAUGAUUUAGUAAAGUUAUUAGACUAGAUUAAAUAAUUGCGUGUAUCGCGUUCUCUUUCUUUCUAAAAUCUCAAGUCACAAGGUGGGUGACAUGUACUGACUAAAUUAUUCAAAUAAUCACAAGCAACCCCACAGAAAAACGAUAGAAAAUAUUUAUCUUGUGACAAAAAUUUCAAAUGGCGAUUUCUGUCCAUUAUCUUAAUUACUACAUGUACAUUGUAUUGCAUUUCCUUACGGUAUACAUUAUCUUUAAUUAUCUUGCAUAACAUUACACUGGAUCGCUCCGGGUUUUAUUGAAUAUGGCAGCAGUGGUGCCUAAAUUACUUUGAAUUUGUACUCGAGUAAAUGUAGAAGUAAUUAACAAUAAAAUCACUUGAGUAAAAGUAAGUACUGGAGGCAAAACGUACUUAAGUAAAAAGUACAAAGUGUCCUUAAAAAAUACUUGAAGUACAAAGUAAAAGUACUAUUGUCUGUGUGGGGGGGGCUUCUCCAAUGGAUUGACAUACAAAAGACACAAAACAGAACACGCAGUCUACUUUCCAGACCCCGUUGAAGAUAUAAGAAAUCCAUUAAUAAAAUAAAUAAUACUUAUAAGUAAGCCACAAACGAUAUAUUCCAGACGCAUGUAGAGGUCCUAUUACCUAUCCCAAAAUUAAAAUAAAUCAGGAAUAAAUCACGUAAAAUUAAACAAAAGUUAGAAAGUAACGAAAUGCUUCGCCACAAAAUGAAAAUAGCGAAGUAAAACAUUACUUCUUAAAGCGACUUCGUUCCAAGUAAAAGUACUCCAGAAAAGGUUACUUUGUUACAUGCUGACUUCUCAAAAAUAGUACUCAAGAACAGUAACGAAAUACAUUUACUUCGUUACUUGACACCACUGAAUAAGGGGAUUCAAGGUUUCCGACGCCAUCUUGAAUUUAUUGUUUUCACCAUUGUGUUUGCACCCCCUGCAAACAUUCCUAUAGGGAAUUCCAUCGUGCUUGCACCCCUUGCACUAUUGUGUUUCAUUAUGGCGUCGUUAACAUUCCUAUAGGGAAUUCCAUCGUGCUUGCACCCCUUGCACUAUUGUGUUUCAUUAUGGCGUCGUUAACCUUGGAAGGGUCUAUUGAAUUGCAUGCAUGAAAUGCAAUUGCUUCCUUACACUUAGGGGCUGUUUAUAUGGUCCCGCUUACCCGGGGUUCAAUGAAGUGUGACGUUUUUUGAGCAAUUGAAAUACGUGUUUCAGCCCUAGCCCUAAACAAAAGUUAGAUAACUUUAUAUAUUGUUUAAACGAUAUUAGGAACGCGCUAGAAGUUAUGUAGUGGAAGAAGACGAUUAAUAACAUUCAACAACAUUUGUUUUUUGUCUAAAACAUGGAAUUUCAUACAAUUUGUAACAAGCAAUUUUCAGUUAGAUCAUGAACUGCGACAUAUUUCAAUUGCUCAAAAUGCGUCACACUUCAUUGAAUCCCGGAUAAGCGGGACCAUAUAAACAGCCCCUAAGUCUUUUUUUUUUACGGACAGAAUUUAAUAUAUUUUUCGUGGAGAUCCAUGUCUAUUUAUUUCGCAAAACUUUUGAUCUGCAAGCUCAGAUCCUCAUCAUUAUUAUUUGCACUGAUUGAGAUCUUCUCGUAUACGGAUUGAAAUAUUGUGAUUUAAUUAAAUAAACGUGGAAUUGAAACAAACAAUUUGCCUUUUUAGGUUCUGGACGCUGGUAGUAUUGUCGAAUUUGACGAACCUUAUGAACUUUUAAAGCGACCCAAGUCCGCGUUGUCUCUGAUGGUAACACAAACUGGAAAAGAAACUUCCUUGCAGUUACAAAGAAUGGCCAAGACUGCGCAUGAAAGUCGAUCAAAUAGCUAG